AAGCCAGUAUUUAUGCAUUUUAAGUUUUAAACAAAUUAUAGUAUAACUUAUAGAAUCGCCAACGUAACGUUAGUUUAUUUGAACUCUUCAAGAGCUCGAAAACCCUACUGAAACAUUUUGCGCAGUGAAAACCAAAGAUUCUAGCGCGGAACUCCGCUCUAGAAUCUUUAGUGAAAACAAAUCUAUCGCCUUGGUAACCAGCUGAGCUUCAACCCAUCCAUCUUUCGUGUUUUCACAUUGCUAAUGGAAAUUACGUUGCUAAUUACUGAUUAAAUUACAGACAAGUGGCUGUAUAAAACCAAUAAAAAUGCUUGGUCAAAAUCCCAAGAAGAAUCAUGCGAUGAAAUGUAUACCUGGUUCGAGAAAAAGUCGUUUCAAACUCCACACGAAGUUCCAAGAGACCGCAGAAACUUUCACCGUUCUGAAAUGUUACCAAAAUAUGAAGCUAAGCGAACUGAAAUGCGCUUUGGAAUUGGUGGCAGGGAUUCCAAUGGACCUUCAGCGGCUCAGUUAUCUCGACGAAGGAGACUUAAUUGACCAAACAAGCAUUGGCCAGAAUGACAUUAUUCCUGGCACCACUCUCACCAUGGCGAUUUGGCCUUACAACAAUUGGCGGGAAGUUGUCCAGGCCGCUGCCUUAGGAGAUAUGUGGAAGCUGAAGAAUGUGUUGUCCAGGCAGACCGCACUGAAUGGGGUUGGAGAUGAGGGGAGCUACUGGAGGUCUCGGCACCUGUCCACAGCCCUCUACAUCUGUGCCCACCGUGGGCAUCUGUCAGCCCUGCGCUUCCUCUUACAGAGAGGAGCUGACCCUAAGUUCCAGACGCCAGGGGGCCGAGGGGUCCUUCACGUGGCGGCCUCCGAGGGCCACGCGGCGUGCCUGCGAGAGCUGAUCCAGGCCGGGGCUCCCAAGGACCUGCGGGACCAAGCCGGGGUCACGGCGCUGGAGGUGGCGCUCGCCAGGGGUCAGUCCGCGGCCGUCCACCAGCUCAAGCUGUCCAAGUGGGAAGACCGGGCGCAGCGACUUCACCUGCCGUCGUACCUGGAGUCCGCCGAGCUGUUCGCCCACCAGCACUUCGACUCGCACCUGCGCACCUGGUACAGCGGCAGCCACGCGCAGAGGUACGACGCCGAGCUGGGAGGCCGGGAGGCACGUGGUUGCAGCAGGCCGAAGAGCGUCUUCAGCGGUACCAGGCGCAGUACCUCUCCUCACCACAUGGUGUCGCCACCCACACGUCACACCAGCACUCCACUGCGAGCAGCGGUAACCGGCAACAACAAAGGCCCACAAGCGAGAAAACAAGUCUGGGGAGCGCAUGAGUGAUUAGGACCUGGAGGAGGACAGGAGGCGUCUGUAAACAGUGUGUAGGGACAUUUACCCUGCAGUAAUGUUCUACCCUAGUGCAGCACUCUACCCGACGGCAUUGAGGCUCAGAAUUGCAACCAUGGCAUAUGUGUACUGUAGGUGUUAUUGGAAACUUCUUACAAGUCUUCUUACAGCAUAUUGAGAGGUUUAGCCAACACAGAAAACAGCAUAAUAGUUUUACAAUGAGUUAGUAUCAUGUGCUAUAGGCAAAGAUUCAAAGUUAGGCCCUAAGUUUGCCUGCUGUAUUAUGUCUGUUAGAUGUUUAGGCCUUGUGUCACAUUUAGGCUUGAUUUAUUGUGAUAUGCUGUGUAAUUAAGUCAAUUACAAGUUUUAUGUCUUUGUAAUAAAGGUGUCUUAUUACAGUCAGAAA